AUGAGGAGGCUCGGCGCCAUGGCGGGGGAGCCGGGCGUCGGGCUGGCGCUGAGGGCCGUGGCCGAGCGGGUGCAGCAGGCCAAGGCGAGGAGGCCGCAGGACCUCCCUGCCAUCCAGCCCCGGCUAGUGGCUGUCAGUAAAACCAAGCCCGUUGGUAUGGUGAUUGAGGCAUAUACUCAUGGACAACGCAGCUUUGGGGAAAACUAUGUUCAGGAGCUGUUAGAAAAGGCAUCUAAUGCUAAAAUCCUGUCAUCUUGUCCUGAGAUUAAAUGGCAUUUUAUUGGCCACCUGCAAAAGCACAACGUCAACAAACUGAUGGCCGUCCCUAACCUCUUCAUGCUGGAAACAGUGGAUUCUGUGAAGCUGGCGGAUAGAGUGAACAGCUCCUGGCAGAAGAAAGGCUCGCCCGAGAGGUUGAAGGUCAUGGUGCAGAUUAACACCAGUGGAGAAGAGAGUAAACAUGGUCUUCUGCCUGCAGACACAGUGGCCACAGUGGAGCACAUAAAUACCAAGUGUCCCAGCCUGGAGUUCGUGGGGCUGAUGACAAUAGGGAGCUUUGGACAUGACCUCAGUCAGGGACCAAACCCGGACUUCCAGAUGCUGGUGUCCCUCCGGAAGGAGCUAUGUGAGAAACUGAACAUGUCCACUGACAGCGUGGAGCUGAGCAUGGGCAUGUCCAUGGAUUUCCAGCAUGCAAUCGAGAUGGGGUCCACGAACGUCCGGAUCGGAAGCACCAUUUUUGGAGAACGAGAUUAUGCAAAGAAAUCCACCGUGGACACGAAAGCCAAAGAGGGAAUGGCACAGGAGCCCUGAGCCAACAAACGAGAAAAGCACUUUUUUCAGGUGCCAACCUGGAAACCUCAUCGCAGGAGACUUAACUAUGCACUAACCCAGAUUUUAAUUUCCGGAUCCCUUUGUUCGAGCACUGAAAUGCUCCUCUUUGGGGAAAGGACCUGGCCAGAGGGUGCUAGUGACGAUUGUCUGCGUGGGUGGGAGUCGCCCUCACUUUAGUGCCCCGACUGCAUUACGUAGGCUCGUCUAGAGCCGUGCCUCUGGAACCCCCCAGAUUUGAAGAAUCCAGACUCUGCAGCGCAGAAGGUUCAGAAAUCCGAGCAAGGAAGCCAGAUUUCCUCCAGAAUCCAGCCCAGCAGCACCGGCUAAUCAGGAGCAUAUUUUCCAGGCUAACACGUGUUCCCUGGCCCCCAUGUUCCCUGCUUUCACGUGUCUCCUAAUAGCCUCUCACCUUUCUUGGGGCUUCCAAGGCUUCUCGGUGACUAUGCAUUUAAAAGAAGCGCCUGCAGAGCGUUGCGCUUCCUGCCUCGGAAGAAGAGAUAGGUGGUUGUCUGCUGCUCUUCCUCCCAUCCCAUCCUCCCCGCAAGCAUGACCAAAAUGGUCUCUGCACCCUCUCCCUGGGGCAGCUGAUACAGGAUGACACUCAGCGGUUAAAGCCACUCACCCAAGAAGUGUCUUCAUCUAGGCCUGCCCCCAGGGAAGGACUCUGAUAGGCGGCAGGCCCGUGGGGAUUGGAUCCGUGCACUGGCCCAUCUUUUCUGGAAUUGCAUUAAAACAGCUAUUCUGGUUGGCAGUCUUGCAUCUUUUUCCCCUGGAUCAGGCUGCACCCUAUGGGGUGGUAUUUGAGCUCAGCAAUAAAUCUGCAAAUCUCAGUGGUUCUUCUGAAAUGGAGAGAAAACCCUUCAGAGCCAAUCCAAGAAGUCUGUCUGUGAGGGAUCACUCUCUGGGGUUCGUUUUCCUUGCAGAGCAUUUGGCUGCUGAGACAAAUAUAGGCAGUUGCUCUCGAAAUCCAAAUUUUACCUGUCUCCCUAUUUGCCUGCUCAGAAAGCAGGAAAGAGUAGAGAAUUACACAGAAAGAGCAUUUGCCGAUUCAUGACAAAAGGCUUCGAGUGUGCGUUGUUUUUUGGGUUUCUAUUUUUAGCGGCUUCGCCCCUCCGUCAUGCAAGCACUGGACGAAGUUUUAUGAAGUAACUUCCUGAACAUAGUGCUGAAUGUAACUUUGAAACUCAAUAUUAUGUCUGCCUUCUUUUAAUCAGAGUUGUACAGUAUGAUAUUUCAUAGUCUAAGUUAAUGUGUUUGAAUAAUACCAUCUGUGCCAAUUACAAAACAAUUAAAAGAUGUAAUUUUUUUACGUUCAA